CAAUCACUGUUGAUGAGGGGAGUGGAACCUCAACCCAGCAUGUUAUUGUGAUAGAGUCUGCAGAUGCAGAGGCUGCAGGUCUUGGGGUCAAGCUGGAGAGGUCUGAAGGAGAGGAGGACCCACGGCACAGCAGAGACUUCCAGACUCGUGCGGCUAGAGAGCCCCCUGUAGCCAUAGAGGUCCCCACCACUGCCCCAGUGCGGCCCAGGACCCGACGAAGCAUCACGGAGGUCAGUGGAACGCCGAACGCCGUCCUCAAGUCAGACACGAAGACUUUAUUGGGGCUGGGGCGACUGGGCUGUCCUCCUGCUCCCUGCACAGAGUAUUUACUUUACGGUAGCCCGAGGACGGUUCUGUCCCGUAAGGACUCUGGCGUGUUACAGACUCACAAUGAUCCGUCCUGUUCAUACGCUACAGAGACACAGAUGAUAUCUGGUGACAUGCCUGUGGGCUUAGAUACACAGACUAAUCCAAUGAGAGGGGACUGGAACCAGUACAGCAAUAGUGUAUACUCUGAAGGGUUCCUUGAUAAGAAAGGGGAGGGUCUGGUUGUAGAUGAGGUCACUGUGAAAGUGGAGAGCGACCCUCCUCUGACAUGGAAUGCAGACAAGACUCACUUAGGAGAAGGACACUUGCAGGGCAACACCAGUGACUUCUUAGACUACAGUGAAAGCUUAGAGACAAAUCUAAAUGUUGCGACCCACUCCCCUUUACACCAAGUGACCAUGUCGAUGGCACCUUCCAAUUCACAAGGCCAUGUUCUUUUUGAUCAGGUAUCGAACUCAAACGACCAAAAGGCCAAGGCGCGGGAAGGGGUAGCAACAACGGGUGGUAAAGAGAAGCGGUUCCUCUGCAUGUUCUGUAACAAAGGCUUCAACUGCUCCCAGAAGGUGGAGAUCCAUCAGAGGGUCCACACGGGGGUGAAACCCUUCACCUGUAACCAGUGUCACAUGCGCUUUGCCCAUGCGGGCAACCUGAAGAGGCACCAGAGGGUCCACACAGGGGUGAAACCCUUCAGCUGUACCCAGUGUCACAUGUGCUUCGCCCAGGCUGGUGACCUGAAAAGGCACCAGAGGGUCCACACAGGGGAGAAACCCUACAGCUGUACCCAAUGUCCCAUGCGCUUCGCCCAGGCAGGUGAUCUGAAAAGGCACCUGAAGGUCCACACGUGAGAAAGGCCAUUUCCCUGUACGCACUCCAGGAAGAGGUUCUCCGAAAGGAGCUACUUCAGGAUACACCAGCAGAAAAAACAGUUAACUCCAUAGCUUCUGAUGUGUACUUCAAACCCUGCAUUAAAGACAAAGAUUCAUUUUCAUUGUUGUCAACAGAAAAGAUCUACAGAUGCAUUUGGAAUAACGAGAGUAAUCAAUUUCAGUGUUGAAUAUUCCUGAGUAGAAUAUUGCAUCCAGACAUUGUGUGAUAUAUAAGCCUAAAAAGUAUAUUUCAUAUUGUGUUUGUACUGUGUAGGAUAUAUGAUGCUCACAAAUUAUGUUUCAUUACUUCCAUCCACUAAUACAUUUUUUCCCAAGACACUUUUAAUAAAAAAUGAAGUUCAUGCAGAUUUAUAUGUGUGGUAUUCAUAUGGUGUAUUUGGCACUUGUUUAUGUUCAAUAAACCCAAAAUGGGACUUUUCAUUCUAA